UGCAAAAAUUUUUAAUAAAAUUUAUGUAUUUUUUAUGUUUAUACGUUACAUAUAACGUGAUAUGAUAAUGGUUUAAAUAGAGCAAUACGGGGAAUUUUUUUUCUAUUACAACCAGGUGCAUUGAAAGCUACACAACCGAAAUUGGUAUAACCACGUUCGUUCUGUCAAGAAUUAUUUUUAACGAUAAUACUAACAAUCGUUAACAAAAUGAUAAGUUACGGAUCGCUGUGUACUUGGAUUGCAAUUUUAACUAUUCUGUCAAUAUGCAUUAAUAAUGAAGUUAAUGCCUCUGGCAGAUAUUCAAAAGAUGCUUACGGAAGUAAAGAUUCUUCUGAUUCUCGUGCUUCAUCUUCAAGAGAAAGUGGAUCACGUUAUGGAAAUGAUCAACCACUGGACCUUUCACGUAAAAAUUAUAACACCGGUAGCAGUGCUGGAGGUUCCAAAUAUCCUGGUUAUUUUGGAAGUUCCAAUUAUCCUCCUGGUUCAUCUGGAAAUUUAAAAUAUCAGAGUUCUCAGGAUUCACGUCAUCAAUAUAACAUGCCUGGAAGUUCCAAAUACAGCUCAGGCGCUGGAAGUUCCAAAUAUAGCUCAGGAGCUGGAAGUUCCAAAUAUAGCUCAGGAGCUGGAAGUUCCAAAUAUAGCUCAGGAGCUGGAAGUUCAAGAUAUCCUAGUUCUUAUACCGGAUUUAAUGGCGGUUCUUUUGAGCGUAUAGAUCCCAGCAGAAGUAGUGGUUCAUCAUCUCGAACCGAUAACUCUGGUGGAAGUUCUAAAUACAACUCAAAAGGUUCUGAUGAGUCUUCCAAAAAAUAUCGCCCAUGGGAAUAACUUUUUUCGAUUUUUCAGUAUGCUUGUACAUCGAGAAAUCGUAUUGUAUUUCUGAAGAAAAAUAAAAGCUUCACUUCAAA